GUGACCUACAAGGUGUUUAUAUAUACUGGUGUUGAGGUAAUAAAGAAAUGUUUCCUGACGCUGGUUAACUCAAAAAAUGUGAGCAGUAACAAAAUCCCAGUGAAAAAAAGUAAAGAGAACGUCAUUGACAUCUCUGAAACGAAGGACCUUGGAGACAUUGUCCAGGUGAAACUUGAAAUUGGAGGUUCUCCAUGGUUUUGUGAGCAGAUUAGAGUAAAAGCACCCUCUGGAAAAUUCUUUGAGUUUCCCUGUUACUCCUGGAUGGACAAAAGUGACGUGAUUAUCAGAGAGGGCAGUGCACGACUGCCUCAGAAUGAAACUGGAUUCCUUAAAGCGCAAAGACAAAAAGAACUGGAAUCUAGACAGAAAACAUUCAGAUGGAACAAUUGGAAACCGGGCUUCCCUCCAAUCAUAGAUGGCAAGCUGGAUGAUCUUCAUCUAGAUUUUCAGUUUGAUAAAGAAAAAAAAGCACACUUUACUUGGAAUUCCGUUAAACUGGUUUUAGACCAAGGCUUGGACACGGUUAAAGGGUACUUUCAGUCCUGGGAAGAUCUAGAGAAUUUUGAACAUAUAUUGACACGUUAUUGUCUUGAUAACACUCUGUUAGAGAACGUGAUCCAAAACUGGAAUACGGAUUACAUGUUUGGCUAUCAGUUUUUGAAUGGCUGCAAUCCUGUUAUGAUCAGCAAGUGUGUGGAACUUCCAGACAACUUUCCAGUCACUCAUGAAAUGGUGGAGGGCUCUCUUCAGAGAGGUCUCACACUAGAUGAGGAAUUAAAGGCAGGAAACAUCUACAUAGCGAAUUAUGAAAUCUUGGAGGGAUUGCACGCCAAUAAGUCAAGCCAAAAUACUCCAUACUAUGUGACUGCACCCAUCUGUCUACUGUACAACAACAGACUGAAUCAAAUUGUGCCAAUUGCCAUUCAGCUCAGUCAAACAGGAGGGGACGUUAGCCCAAUCUUUCUCCCAAAUGAUGAUGAAUACGACUGGAUGCUUGCCAAGAUGUGGGUAAAAUCUGCCGACUUUAAUGUACACCAGCUGCUCACACACCUUCUCAAGACUCACCUGCUCUCAGAGGUGUUUGAAGUAGCCAUGUACAGACAGCUCUCUGCGGUCCACCCUGUAUACAAGUUACUGGUGCCUCAUGUCCGUUUCACAAUUGCAAUUAAUGCAGAGGCCCGAAAAGGACUCAUCAGUGAAGACGGGAUCUUCAGUAAGAUAAGUAGCUUAAGUGGAGAUGGGAUUAAGGAACUGAUGAAAAGGGGCUUGGAGACUUUAACCUACAAGUCCCUGUGUUUCCCUGAGGCGAUAAAAGCUAGAGGAAUGGAAAAAGCACCCAAUUACUAUUACAGAGAGGAUGGCAUGAGGAUCUGGGAGACAUUAAACCGGUUCGUUUCUGAUGUGGUUGAGAUCUACUAUGACAGCGACGAGGCCGUUCGGAGUGAUGUGGAGAUUCAAAAAUUUGUUAAGGAUAUUUCCCUCCAUGGCCUCCAAGAUAAGACUGAAAAGUUCCCAAAGGGUCUGUACAGUCGAGUGGAGCUAGUUGAGUACCUGACUGCUGUGAUAUUCACAGCUUCAGCACAGCAUGCUGCUGUCAACUUUGGACAGUUUGACUGGUAUGGCUGGAUCCCUAACAGUCCUUCCACCAUGCGCAAGCCACCUCCUCAAGACAAGGGCACAGUGAAUCUGAAAAUUAUCAUGGAAACUUUGCCUGACCGUGAUUGCUCCUCUUUGGUUCUUGGAACAGCUUGGAGCCUCACUCGGUUCCAGGAAAAUGAGCGGUUCUUGGGCUUUUAUCCAGAUAUGUACUUCACGGAGCAACCGGUGAAGCAAGCCAUUAAGACUUUCCGCAAGAAACUAGAUGAUCUGACUGACCAAAUCAAGAGCCGGAAUAAAACAUUAACAAUGGAUUAUUGUUAUUUGUCCCCAGAUAAAAUCCCCAACAGUGUUGCAGUUUAAGAACAUAUUUCUAGAAAUAUGUUGCCAGUCCUGACCGUAGCAUUUACAGCCAAUGGAUACUUGACAGAGACGAACAGCUGUACUUAUAAGGCACACAUAUUUUCAGAAAUUGUUUGAUUUAUGCUUCUUGUUGCUGGAAAUUAAGGGGUAUUAUCUGAGGUGGUGACUGUUAAUCCAGCUCAUGCCAAGAAAGCAGAACCAGUUAUCUGGCAUUGCUUUCAAAGAGCACAUACAACCGUUUUAUUGUUCUCUUACUUUUCUUUAUUCAUAUACAUUUGCAUAAUCAUAUCUAUACUAUGGUAUUCAUUGAAUGUGAUUAAAUGCACUUAAACCAAUUAUUCUUAAGUCAACAACUUGAUUUGCAUUGUCAGGUUACUGAUUUGGAUGUAAACAGGGAAACUGGUUAUUUCAAUAAGCUGAUUUUAGUGAGUUAUCAGUGUACUGGUGUGCAUGUAAACAUGCUCAUUGACACGUCUUUUGAUUCAUUUAUUCAUUUACAUAGUCAUAAUUACUCCUGACAUAUUGUUCGUGGUCUUUUGUAGGGUAUUGUUUUACUUUUAAUGAAACUUUUUACCUUCAGUUACAUUGAUAUCUUAC